AUGAUAAUAAUAAAAUUCGUUAUAGAAUUAUUUAUUUCUACAAUAUUUUUCUGUAAUUUUAUAAAUGGAUAUGCCAAAUUAUCUGAUGAAGGAGUUAUGUUAUUUGGAAAUUUGUCAGAUUCAGAAAGUUCAAAAGUUAUGAAUUAUUUAAAUGAUAUAUUAAUUCCAAGAGUACCCGGGACACAGAAUAACACAAAGGUAAAAGAAUACAUAACAUCCAAUUUUCUAAAACUUAAUUGGACAAUAGAAGAAGAUAAAUUUACAGACAUUACACCAAUUGGAGAGAUAACAUUUAAUAAUGUUAUAGUGACAAAAAAUAUUAAUGCGGCAAAAAGAUUGGUAUUAGCCGCACAUUAUGACAGUAAAUAUUUUUUACCACCUAACGAUCAAUUUGUUGGUGCCACUGAUUCUGCUUUACCCUGCGCUCUUCUAAUCGACUUGGCUAAUAGAUUUGAUGUACAUUUGAAAAGUAAUGAUUUAACACUUCAAAUAAUUUUCUUUGAUGGAGAAGAAGCAUUUGAUACAUGGACAUCAACUGAUUCAUUAUAUGGUUCAAGACAUUUAGCGGCAAAAUGGGAAUCCACAAUAGCAAACGAAACGACAUCACUUCCUUAUAAAGCAAAUUCAAUGUUAGAUGGAAUAGAGACGUUAAUUCUACUUGAUUUAUUAGGAGCAAAAAGACCAACUUUAGUAAAUUAUUUCCAAACGACAUCAUGGUUGUUUAAAGAAAUGGCAGGCAUUGAAAAAAAAUUAGGUGAAUUAAAUCUGUUGAAAAAAAUUGAUAUGACACAAAGUACUGAGGAAGUUCCAAUGUUCGACGAGGGAUCUUUAAACACCUAUCAAUCUCAUAUCGAAGAUGAUCAUGUACCGUUUUUAACAAGAGGUGUUCCUGUAUUGCACUUAAUUGCUGAUCCAUUUCCUAUUGUAUGGCAUACUUUAAGUGAUGACAUUUCAGCAAUUGAUCCAAACACAGUGCAUAAUCUGAAUUUAAUAUUUGGGGUAUUUUUAGCAGAAUAUUUUGAUAUUGGCCCAUCUGAUCCAGUACAAAGUAGUGGAAGUUCACCAAAUAGUUGA